GUGUUGGCUAUUUGUGGUUUUAAGAAAGCCUGAGGGCCUGAAGGCAGCCCCUGGAGAAGCCCUUUCUGAGGGCGUUCGGAACCUUCUGGUCCUAGAGGUGAAGCUGAACUGUCACCAGGACUUAUGACCCGCGGCUUCGCUCCCAUUCUGCCCGUCGAGUUCCACAAGAUGGGCUCCUUCCGCAGGCCUAGACCGCGCUUCAUGAGCUCCCCUGUGCUCAGCGACCUUCCCCGAUUCCAAGCAACUCGGCAGGCUCUGCAGCUGAGCUCCAGCUCAGCCUGGAACAGCGUUCAGACUGCUGUGAUCAACGUUUUCAAAGGGGGCGGCUUGCAAAGCAACGAGCUCUAUGCCCUGAAUGAAAACAUCAGGCGGCUGUUGAAGAGUGAACUCGGAUCAUUCAUUACAGACUAUUUUCAGAACCAGCUUCUUGCAAAAGGACUGUUCUUUGUGGAGGAGAAGAUCAAGCUGUGUGAAGGUGAAAAUCGCAUUGAGGUUCUGGCUGAAGUCUGGGACCACUUCUUCACUGAGACUCUCCCUACCCUGCAGGCAAUAUUUUAUCCAGUUCAGGGCCAGGAGCUGACUAUCCGCCAGAUCUCCCUGCUGGGCUUCCGAGACCUGGUCCUGCUGAAGGUGAAGCUGGGUGACCUGCUGCUGCUGGCCCAGUCCAAGCUGCCCUCGUCCAUUGUCCAGAUGUUGCUCAUCCUGCAGAGUGUUCACGAGCCCACAGGCCCAAGUGAGAGUUAUUUGCAACUGGAGGAGCUGGUGAAGCAAGUGGUUUCUCCUUUCCUCGGCAUCAGCGGGGACCGUAGCUUCUCAGGCCCCACGUACACGCUGGCCAGGCGGCACUCCAGGGUCCGGCCCAAGGUGACUGUCCUGAACUAUGCCUCCCCGAUAACCACAGUCAGCCGGCCACUGAAUGAGAUGGUCUUGACCCCACUGACAGAACAGGAGGGGGAAGCCUACCUGGAGAAGUGUGGCAGUGUGCGGCGGCACACGGUGGCCAAUGCCCACUCGGACAUCCAGCUGCUGGCCAUGGCCACCAUGAUGCACUCGGGCCUGGGAGAGGAGGCCGGCAGUGAGGACAAGUGCCUGCUCCUGCCACCCAGCUUCCCCCCACCCCACCGGCAGUGCUCCAGUGAGCCCAACAUCACCGACAGCCCUGACGGACUGGAGGAGGGGGCCAGGGGCAGCCAGGAGGGCUCGGAGCUGAACUGUGCUUCCCUCAGCUAAGUCGCCACCCCCAGGCCUUUCCACCUCCUGUUCUGCAACCAGCAUGAGGACCCCUCCAUCUCUGUGGACUACCGAGGGGGGCUCUUGCUGUAUGCGAUGCUGCCUUAUUUCUUUUAGGGCACUGUCCUGGUCAAAACCGUUGUUGUAAACCUCUUUAUUUUGGUGACUGUGACCACUUCUUUGUAGCCACCAAUUGUAGUGACCAAUUGCCUAAUGGUCACUUUCUGACUCCAGCCUUGCCAGCCUGACUCAGAUCCUCAUCUCUGGGCCUUCCCCCCUCCGAUGUUGGACUGCCUGAUGCUCACAAUGACAUAUCCAAUGCCCCUGGCAUUUCUGGAGCAGGAGGUUGUCAGGACCACACACACAACCACCAAGGAUGUGUUGGCCUUUGGAGUUCCCCUUUAGGUUCCUUGUGAUGCGGAGAUUUAUGGGUGAAAAAUUAGUGGAGAGGGAACUCCUCUCCCCCAUUUUGUGUAGAGUGAAAAUAGCCUGCAGCCCCUACUCAGCAGGGCUCUGGGAAUGUGCCUUCCUUAUUUUAGUUUCAGAAUUGCUGGGAAAGUUACCCCACUGGUGGGUGAGGAUCUAUCCUCACCUACAUCCAGAUCCUAUGUGCUGCUUGCACAGAGGCCUUUGGCUUUUGACCCAGGAGGGCUGAGAGGCUGGAGCUGCCCUGUCUUUCAUUGAGCCUCAGCAUUUCCCUCUCAGGCUUCCUCUCAAGCUUAAGGAACUCACCCCCAGAUAAGAAGCUGGUGCCUCUUGUCUCUCUCAUUUCAGAAACCGACUUUUCUCAUCAUGCUUUCCUGUGGUGGGUGUGAGGGGCCAACUGAUACCAACCAACUGGCCUGUACCUGGAUUUGACUUGAAUUUUUAAAAUGUGUAUCGUUUCAAAAAAAAUGUUUGCAAAUUUUGCACA